AUGGCCUCCGCCACCGACGCCCGCUACGGCCAGAAAGCCUCCGACCAGAACUUUGACUACAUGUUUAAGAUCCUCAUCAUCGGCAACAGCAGCGUCGGCAAGACAUCCUUCCUCUUCCGCUACGCCGACGACUCCUUCACGCCCGCCUUCGUCAGCACGGUCGGCAUCGACUUCAAAGUCAAGACCAUCUACCGCAACGACAAGCGGAUCAAGCUGCAGAUCUGGGACACGGCUGGGCAGGAGCGAUACCGGACCAUCACCACCGCCUACUACCGGGGAGCCAUGGGCUUCAUCCUGAUGUACGAUAUCACCAACGAGGAGUCCUUCAACGCCGUCCAGGACUGGUGAGUCCCGGGGGAGACCCU